GGGGCUGCACGGCAACCCUGCCCGAUGUAAACAAAAACACGCGGAGAGCUCGGAUAUGAAAUUUAGCUGAAAAUUAGGAAAUAAUUACUUACGUUAAGCUUGCAACAUGACCAGCUGGAGGAAGUACAUCUUGUGGUUCGCCCAGGAGCAUGUGGACUUUCGAGUGCACGAGUUUGACUCGCUGGUUAAAAUGUUUCAUCUGCAGGUUCGGCGGAUUACUAAACAGACCACGAAACCUUUUUGGCUAGUGGAGUUUCGCGACACGGAGACUGCCCUGCAGUACGCAUCCCGUUCCAUUUCCCUCCGCGCCAUGUUUGAACUCUACGCCCACGCCAGCAAACUGCCAGAGUUCCACGACAGACUCCGGGAUUACGUAGAUGCGAACAAGGACGCGCUGUCAGGAUACUUCCAGCCCAAUACCAGUUUUAAGAUUACAGUGGAGACCUAUAACAAACACUUUAGCCAGCGGGAAAAAGUCGAGAAAAUCGAGUCCAUGGACUACCUGCCCAUAGAGGGUCCGGUCAACUUGAAGUGCCCCCAGGUGGAGUGGUGGUACAUCGAGUUCUGGGGCCUGGAUCCCACGGCUGUGCCGCCCGAGCCAGAGGACAUUCUAUUUGGUCGCCUGCUAGCCUCCGGCCAGCGGCACCUGAUCAAGGAGCUUUCGCUGAAGCAGCGAAAGUUCAUCGGCAACACCAGCAUGGACGCCCAGUUGAGCCUGCUGAUGGCCAACCAGGCGAUGGUUCGCGACGGGGAUCUUGUGUUCGAUCCCUUUGUUGGCACUGGCUCGCUCCUAGUGAGCGCCGCCAAGUGGGGCGGCUAUGUCCUGGGAGCCGACAUAGACUACAUGAUGGUGCAUGCUCGCUGCCGACCGAGCCGCAUAACCCAGAAGGUGCGCGAGAAGGACGAGAGCAUCCGGGCCAAUCUAAAGCAGUACGGCUGCGACGAUCGCUACAUGGAUGUGGUGGUGGCGGACUUCUCCAACCCGCUGUGGCAUCCGCGUAUCUCGUUCGACAGCAUUAUAACAGAUCCUCCUUACGGAAUACGCGAGGCCACGGAAAAGGUGGAAACGAAGAGUAGCGCCAAGGACAGCACCAGAAGCGAGGACAUGGUGCAUUAUCCGUCAACCUCGCACUAUUCGUUGCAGAGUCUGUACAAUGAUCUACUGGAGUUUGCGGCACGUCACUUAAGACUGGGAGGACGCCUUGUCUGCUGGCUGCCGUUUCAUCGCGAGGACUACGAUCCCAAGAUGCUGCCACAGCAUCAGCACCUGCAUCUGGUAGCCAACUCCGAGCAGCCCUUGACGGGAAACACUGCCCGUCGCUUGCUUACCUACGAAAAGAGUUCCGAGUAUAGUCCGCCGGGUCCUUCACUGGCCAGCACAGCCCAGUUGCCCACGCCCUCCCAGGAUUUCCGGGAUCGCUACUUCAACAGCGCCUUGGAGUCGCGGAAGGAGCGUCGUUUGCGAAAGGCUGAGCAGCGGGAACAGGGCCGGGUAGAGAUGGAAGCGCGGGGAAAGAUUCCCACAGAUGGACGCUCUAAAAAGUGUGACCUUAAUAAGGCUCGUUUUAUAUGAUUAUUGUAGUAGUAAACAAGUUAUUUAAUUUUCGAA